ACACCGCGUUGGCAGUCGUCGCAUUCCCUGAUGUUGCAGCGCUCGGUACACAGCUCGUGGUGCGACAUCCACCUCAUCAUCUGCAAUGUCCUGGGCAGCUGGUAGUCCAGCCGACAUCCUCCUGUAAGACUGUGUCUGUCCCACAGAAGGUAGACAACGCUUGUGACAACAGUAUCACCUGUAUCACCUGUCUGAUAUCUCUACUGUACCCCGAGUACCUGGACAAUGACAGCUUUAGUUCCGACAGCAAUGGUCUUCAUACACCUGACUGCACUGGUUGUGCUCACUCACCUGGUGUCACCUGGCGGCGCUCAGACUGUGGCUCAGCAGACGACAGUCAGCACCGAGGGCCGAGAGUUCUUGAUCUACCCGUCACGUGUACCCGACCUGUGGGAUCGCAUCAACCUGUACAUCACAACACAGUCAGCCAAGCUGUUCAAAGUGAGGAUCUUCACGCCCAAGAUGCCCGUCAGUCAGGGCGGGGUGGACUACGACCUGCAGGUCAGCGCCGACAAGCCCAUCAACCUGGAGUUCACCACAAGGGGGUCAAACGGCGCGCGAGGCAAGCUGCUGGAUGGCGUGCGCGUGUUGGCAGAGGACGACAUCGCUGUCUUCGUCAACAAUCCCAGCUCCAACGCCACCGGCGUCACCGCCAUCCUCACCACGGCCUCGCUCGGCACCAAGUACAUCUUCCCCAGCAUCAGGCGCACCUUUGACGGCCAGGUGUCCAUCUGCAUCGGCAACCUUGACCAGCCCAACGCCGUGCGCAUCACACUGCCGAGGGCGGCCGGCCACCUGCAGCUGAUGUACCGCAGCAACGUCUACCUCCCCGGCGACACCAUCACAGUCCUCCUCAACGACUUCGAGUUUGCCGACAUACGCGACUCCUCCAGUUAUGUUGGAAAAGUCAGUGUCGCUGACCUGACGGGGGCGGAGAUAACCGCUGAACGUCCCAUCGCCGUCUUUAGCGCUGCUGUCUUCUACCCGUCCGUCCUUCUCUGGUCCGUUUCUAGAACUGACAAGGACAUUGUCAUCGAGAACAUCCCACCUGUCAGUUCGUGGGGCCAGAAAUUCGUCGUCACCGCCUCGCCGUCAGCAACAGCCGGCGACUAUGUGCGCGUGCUGGCCAGCCAGCCAAAGGUCACAGUUCACUUUUCAGACCAGCCGGAGCCCUUGAUGCUCCGCUCCACGGGGGAGUUCCUGGAGAGAAGUCUGGAGCCUGGCACUAGUCUCCAGGUGACUGCUGACAGACCCGUGGGGAUGAUUCAGUACCGCUCAGUCUUUGAGGAGGACUCCGCUCCCUUCCUCUUCUUUGUCCCUCCUCUGGAAAACUAUGGCAACCACUACACUGUCCCCAUGAUCUUCAAUGAACAGUUCCUGCCCAGCACUGUCAACUACGUCAUCCUCGUGACACACGUCUGCCAUGCUGACCGUGUCGUCAUCCGACACAACACCGACUCAACACUCAACGGACCUGUGUCGACCAUGACGUCAUGGCGGCAGCUAGGAGACGGACCUUACGUGACGUCACACGUCAAAGUGAAGCUGGGCUUCGUCAGCAUCUAUAUGUCACCGUCGUCAGACGCGGAGGAAGACAAGAGGGCGACACUGGGAGGAUACUUCUUCGGGCGGGGCCCACAGAAAGCUUAUGCUGCUCCGCUGGGAUUAUAUCCUCCCGACGCCAACAAGACAUUCACCUGGGUACAACCUCGGACACCCGCCAUGGCUGUGCAGGUUGCAGGUCAGGUGGUGCAGGGUCGUGCCGUCCUGGUGCUGCGCGACAAGCUGCCCUUGUCCUUCUCUCUUGAGGCUGCACACGUCACUUCCGCUGCUCGUUGUCACCAUCGUUGCUGGUCUCGUUCUGACUGUGCACUGGUGGCCUACGCCAGAGGGCGCCAGGGGUCGGGCCGCUGCCAGCUGUACACAGCUGCGGGCAGCUGCUCCGGCGUCAGAGAGGCUCCAGGCUUCCGUCUUUAUCAACUGAUGAAAUGAGCGACAGCCACGACACCAGCACACCACGCACACUCCAGACAGCGCCUCAACAGAAAUGCAACACGUACCGACGGCCAGUCCUUCAGACAUCCCAUCAUUACACAACAGCGUGUGUCAGAGACCUCCUACCAUAGUCUGUGUUUUACUAUGGCACUACGUGUCUUACACCUGCCAUAGUGUGUCAUAGCCGUAUCGCUAUGGCACUACAGUCGGUGCUGACACAUCCUACCAUCACCGGCACUGACUGUCCACUGCAGGGAUCAGCAAGUCUCCAGGGGAACCAGGUCACCUGCACCCUGGCUCCGGUGCAUAGGCGGUCUUAACUCGAGUUAAGACCGCAGUUAAGCCAAGCACGCUGUCUUAACCUAA